AUGAAGGCCAAUGUGAUCUAUCGCGCCCAAGACGCGCUCAAUGGAACCCGCGGGACCUCGGCGGAAGACACGAUGUAUGCGUUCACAAUCGGUUCACCUACUGGCUGGACUCAUUACGCGCCUUCCAUCUCUAUCUCUCAAUUUCUACAGCAAUACGAGUACAACUUCUCGUCGUACCUGAAAGCAUGCGCUUGGGAGUUUGUCGAACAAGAACUCCUUCAGGCAAUCACCUUCUUCGGUAGCAGUAAAUCUGCGUCGGUCGCCAACGUGAUGGAAGUCUCUAAGAUUGAUGAACGUUUCUCUCUGGUGGUUGAGCCUUUGCAAGGCUCUCCCUGA